AUGAUUUACUAAAAGGUAGCAUUUUAGAAUCAAAAACACAAAGAGAUUAAAAUAAAUAAGUGGGAUUAAAUCUAAUUGUAACUUGCUAAGAUAAAAAUUGAUAUCUCAUAUACACAAGAUAAUCAAAUCUUAUACUUACACAAUGGGGAAAUUUUAAGAAAGUAUAUACAUUUAUUAGUGAUUAGUGAAUUUUUAUAUGAUAAUUAACAGGAUCCAGAAUUAUUGAUAAGUAUGGAAUAGAUCAAAAAUCUUUAAUGGUAAGGUAAGAUUGAAAAAAACAAGAAAAAAAUGGGAAAGUGGAUGGCUGUUUGGAAUGGGGAAGCUCUUAUAGACUUUUGUGGAUAUUAUGAAUUAGGGUUAAAGCAAGGCCUAUGGAAAGAAUUAAAUAAGAAUUAUUGGAGGUAUAUAUUCAUUAAGUAAUUUUAAUUAGUCAAGCAAAAAUAUCAGAAAGUGGAGAAUAUUUAAAUAAUUAAAAAAUUGGUGCGUGGAUAUAUUUAUAUGAAAACAAAAAGAUGUUAUAUUAUUUAUAAAUUAAUUAGUGGAGGUGGAUCAUACAAUUCACAAGGGGUGAAGCAUGGUAAAUGGAUUGAUCUGUGUGAUUGGUUUUACGACUAUUCAUAAAUAAUUUAUCAAGGUGAAUAUAAAAACGGUAAAAAGAUUGGUUAAUGGGAUUUUUACUGGAAUUGGAAAUAAAAAAAUCUAUAAAUGUAGAUAUUAAUAAAAUAUCAUUAUGUAAAAACAUAUUUAGAGGUGGUGGUUNAAAAAUUGAGAGAGAACUCACAAUAAAUUUAUUAUUAAUAUUAAUUUACCAUUAAUCAUUUUAACAUAAAUUGA